AUGGCUGAUGGUACUCAAUUUGUUGACAGCGAUACGGUGGAACACACUCAGUUGCUGGUUCCGAAGUCUAACCUUUCAAGGCCAUAUGUUUGGCCUUUUCUUAUAAUCUACCCAUGCUAUAAUUAUCUCUAUUCGAAUCACUACGAUGAAUAUUUUGUUGGUAGAGAGUGGACUUUCAUUUACACGCUUGCAAUUGUCUCCGUUCAUGCCCUAAUUUGGCUUCUACCAAAGUGGAAUUUGGACUUACAAGUAAAGUUUCAAUACAACAAGGUCAAAGAUUUGCAAUUAGCCACUCAUAUUUUGAUGAAGGCAAAACCUUCUUGUGGUUUAAGCGAAAUUUGUAAGAUUGAAACUAUUCCUGGUCAAGUCUCUUUUAAAUAUCAGAAGAGAAAGUUCUUGUACAGCUCAAAAACAAAAAAAUUUUCCCCUCCAAAGUUCUUUGUGGAUGACGAGUCCUUAACAAUUAAAGAGAUCAAAUCAAUUAGAGGUCUACCAUCUGAUAAAGUUCCAGCUUUGAAGAAACAUUAUGGUCCCAACACUUUUGAUAUUCCUGUUCCAACUUUCAUGGAACUAUUCUAUGAACACAUGCUUGCUCCUUUCUUUGUCUUUCAAUUAUUCUCUAUUUCUUUGUGGCUAAUGGACGAAAUGUGGUACUUAUCUAUCUUCUCCUUGAUUAUGUUGUUUUCCUUUGAAGCAACUACAGUGUAUCAAAGAAAGGCUACUAUGACUGAAUUCCAAAGCAUGGGCAUUAAACCUUAUAAUAUCUGGGUCUACAGAGACGGUAAAUGGUCUGAGAUUCAAACCGAUGAGUUAUUACCUGGCGAUGUUGUAUCCGUUGUUAGGACACCACAUGAAGACUUAUCGAUUCCAUGUGAUAUGAUCCUUCUUCAAGGUUCUUGUAUUGUUAAUGAGGCGAUGUUGUCGGGUGAAUCCACACCAUUAUUAAAGGAAAGUAUUGAGUCGAGAGAGAAUGAUUCCAAGUUCCAACCAGAUGGUCAAGACAAAAACUCAUUAUUACAUGGUGGUACAUCGUGUCUCCAAGUUACUGCUCCUGAAAAGCCAAUUAUUCCGUUAGCCCCAGAUAAUGGUACUUUAGCUGUUGUUUCCAAGACUGGUUUCGAAACCACUCAAGGUUCUUUGGUCAGGGUGAUGAUUUUCUCAUCGGAAAGGAUGUCUGUAGCAAAUAAAGAAGCCUUUUUCUUUAUUUUGUUUUUAUUGGUGUUUGCCAUUGUUGCAGCGAGAUAUGUUUGGAUCGAAGGUACUAAAAUGGGUAGAAAGCAGUCAAAAUUGAUUCUUGACUGCAUCAUUGUUUUGACUUCAGUUGUUCCUCCUGAAUUGCCUAUGGAAUUAACCAUGGCUGUUAACCAAUCUCUAUCUGCCUUAGCAAAGCAUUACAUCUUCUGUACCGAACCAUUCAGGAUUCCUGUUGCAGGUAGAAUUGAUGUUUGCUGUUUUGAUAAGACAGGUACCUUGACAGCAGAAGAUUUGUUCUUUGAGGGCUUAGCCGGCUUUGGCUCAAAAGACCGGAAUGUUUUGCUGAAGUGUGAAUCACCUGAUGUGCCUGAAAUUACGAUCGACUUACUUGGUUCAGUCCAUGCUUUGGUAAGAUUAGAUGAUGGCGAAGUUGUGGGUGAUCCUAUGGAAAAGGAAACUGUUAAAGUUUCUGGCUGGAAAUUAGAUGAUAGUAAGAAGAACUUAAUGAUUCACACUAAAAGUAACAAGAAGAUUGAAAUUCUGAAAAGAUUCCAAUUUUCUUCAGCGUUAAAAAGAUCAUCUGUUAUUUCCAAGAUAGGAGAUAAGAUUUUAGUUGGUACUAAAGGUGCACCGGAAACUAUUGCUGAUAGACUAUCCAAUGUCCCUGCAGACUAUGAAUCAACAUUCAAGCACUAUACCAGAAACGGUUCUAGAGUUUUAGCUUUGGCAUACAAGUAUCUUAAAAACGGGAAAAGCUUGGAAAACUUGGAGAGAAAAGAUGUUGAAAAGGAUCUCACUUUUGCAGGAUUCAUAGUAUUUCACUGUCCAAUGAAAGAUGAUGCUGUUGAAACAAUUCAAAUGUUAAACCAUUCUUCUCAUAGAUGUGUUAUGAUAACAGGUGAUAACCCGCUAACUGCUUGUCAUGUUGCGUCCAAGGUCGGAAUAAUUACCAAAGACGUCUUGAUUUUGGAUAAACCUGAAAAAAACCAUUCGGGCGAUAACUCUCUUGAGUGGAGAAACGUGGAUGAGACAAGAGUCAUCCCAGUCAACAAAGACAUCACGUUUGAUAUGAAAUUCUUAAAGGAAAACGAUUUAUGUAUUACAGGUUAUGCACUGAAUGAGCUGAUGAAUCACCCACAGAUCUCUACUUUGAUAAGAUAUUCUUGGGUUUAUUCAAGAGUUUCUCCUUCCCAGAAGGAGUUUAUUUUGAACACUUACAAAAACCUAGGUUAUAAUACUUUGAUGUGUGGUGAUGGUACCAAUGAUGUUGGUGCAUUAAAGGCUUCCAAUGUUGGUAUUGCUUUGUUAAAUGGUACCGAGGAAUCCCUAAAGCAAAUGCAAGAAAAUAAAAAGAUUGAAAAUUUCAAGAGGCUUUACCAAAAGCAAUGCGAUUUAAUGGCUAAGUGGAAUCAGCCACCUCCAAAAAUCCCUGUUCAAAUUGCCCACUUGUAUCCUCCUGGACCUUUAAAUCCACACUAUUUGAAAGCGCUAGAACAACAUGGUACGGAAAUAACUGAUGAAGUUAAGAAGCUUGUGGAAGAGGCUAACAAAGAUGCCGUCCUACCUGUCCAAAAUGAAAAUGCACAAAACGCUCUUGCUGGAAAUCUACUCUCGCAGUUACAAGAAUCUCAACAAGAAGAUGAAGCUCCUGUGUUGAAAUUGGGUGAUGCUUCUGUUGCUGCACCAUUUACCUCGAAGUUGGCAAGUGUUACAACCGUUGUUAAUGUUAUCAGACAGGGUAGAUGUGCUUUGGUUUCCACUAUUCAGAUGUACAAGAUCUUAGCGUUGAACUGUUUGAUUUCAGCUUAUUCUUUGUCGGUCCUAUACUUAGCUGGGAUCAAAUUUGGUGAUGCACAAGCAACGGUCUCGGGUAUUCUAUUAUCAGUUUGUUUCAUGUCAAUUUCUAGAGGUAAAGCAAUUGAAAAGCUAUCUAGGGAAAGACCCCAACCUGGUAUUUUUAACAUCUACAUUAUGGGCUCUAUUUUAGGGCAGUUUGCUAUUCAUUUGGCUGCGCUAAUCUAUAUCACGAAAGAAAUUUACAUUUUGGAACCACGUGAACCUCAAGUUGAUUUGGACAAGACUUUUGAACCAUCUCUGUUGAAUACUGCCAUGUUCUUACUUCAGCUUUCUCAACAAAUUAGUACUUUUACCGUUAACUACAUUGGCAGACCAUUUAGAGAAUCUAUUCAUGAAAACAAGGGUAUGUAUUAUGGUAUCUUGAGCGUUGCUGCAUUAUGUAUCGCUGGAUCGACAGAGUUCAUGCCAGAACUAAACGAAGCCAUGCAAUUUGUUCCAAUGGAGGCAUUAUUCAAGAUUAAAUUGACUGUGACCAUGUUACUUGAUUUUUUCUUGGCAUGGGCAAUUGAGCUGAUUUUGAAGCACUUCUUCAUGGAUUUCAAGGCAGCGGAUAUUGCUGAUAGAGAAUACGACAAUGAUGUUGACAAUCAUGUUGAAAUCGAACUUACAUCAGAAGAAAAGAAAAUACAAUAG